UUGACUGUACAGUUAUUGAGACCGUGGAGGGGGAUGAUGAUGAAUGUGAAAAAUUCAGGUGGGCUAAAGUGACACGGUUUAGAUUGGGUGGAGGCAGAUAACACUUUGCCUGCAACUUCAAAGCACCUCUGGGUGGAGUUGACUGGCAUCCAUUAUGGUAUUGCUCAACUGCGCAGGAAAAGAAAGUGAAAUCUAGCACUGCUAGACUUGCCUGUAAAUCUUAAGUUUCUAUAUCCACACAGGCUGCGUCCAUUAUCGUAGCCCAGAACCCACAUGCAAGUAAUGAAUCGUGUUUCAUUGGAGAAGAUGUAGAUCUUUCUCAGCAUGUCUGUUUUCACUCUCAAUUAUGCUUUUAUUGGGUCAGGUGAAUGACAGUAACUCAAGCGAUACGCAGUUGCAACAGUCAAAACGAAAUACGAUCUGUUUUGAUGGUUCGUAAAUCUUGUAUAAAUCCCUCAGUGACAAGUCUUUCUCUAGAAGAGAGGAAUGUUGCUGAGCUACUCGCUACAGGGUGGGACAGACACACAGGUUCAAACGGUUGUCUCGCUGUCAUUUCCUCACGACGCUACAUCACAGCAGGUAUGGGCCCGUCUGUCUUGUCCAGUGCUGUGUGUGUUUUGUGUCUGACCCUGCUCCCAGCUGUAUGGGCUGAAUACUGCAACAGAUAUCAGGACACGUCUGGUGACUACUACGACAGUCAGCAAUGUUACAGUCAGUACUGCUGUGGUUACUGUACCCAGAGGUACUGCUGCGCCGACCAGAGAUACCGCCUUGCUCAAGACCGCUGCUCUCAAGGAACUAACCAAGGGGGAAAGAACAAACUCCCCACAGUUCUCGGAAGCACUUUAGGGACUAUUUUCCCCCUCAUCCUCAUUGUGGGUGUCAUCAUCUGCUGUGUGGCUCCUUGCUGCUUCUGCUACAAGAAGUGUCGGAAAGGAGGCAACCGAGGACGCCAACCUGUGAUAGGCCCCGGACCCAUGCACCCACACUCACCCUCCGGAGGAUACCAACCGGCCUACCCAGGCUUCCAGCCCGGACCUGCCCAGCCUGGAUUUGGAGGCAUGCCCAACCCUGGAGCACCACCGCCCUCAUACUUCAAUAAUGAUCCAGGUUACAAUCCAGCUGCAUUCGGUCCAGCACAGCCGAUGUAUCCCUUUGGACAGCUUUUUGCAACUCCACCAGAUUCAGAUGAAACUGUGCAGCCGCCCUUCAACCCUGCUUAUGACCCAAACUCUGUAACCGCAUAGCUUACUGUGCCCAAACACUCCUGGUUUCACCACCUUUCUCAGAGGAUUGUAAAAUGUGUGGCUGAGAUUGAGAUGACGGUGCAGACCCACUCUGCAGGAUGUGAGAUCUGAAUUAAAUCUGCAAAAUCUACAUUUUGAUACUUUCAUCAAAAGAACUUAAACUCUGCUGAAGCACUUUAUGAUUCAACCUUUGUGGACAAUAGCUUUAGUUAUGGUAAUGUGUUAGCAAAGUCCAAUUGUAAAAAUGGCAACUUUUAAAUAGAUUUUUUGAAUGUUGAAAAAAAAAGUACAAAAACACACAUUUUAAGUAAGAAUAUUGAGGAAAAAAAGCUCCAAACUGAAAAACAAUGAACUCCACAGGCAUUGAGUUGAUUAUGUGUUUACUUGUGUGUAAUGUUGUGGAUUACAUAACUUUUGUAUUUGCUUGUAAUUCGUUUUGAGGUGAGGUUCCUUCUGUCUUGAGGGGUUUUCUGCACCUCAUCAGCACAACAUGCUCACUUUUUGUUGCUGCUGUUUGUGCUGCUUUGUUUUUACUGAGGAGGAAAGUGCAUAAUGUGCCCACUUGUAAAGUGAACAUAAACCAAAAACAACGAACAAACAAAGAAAAACUCUUCAUGACAAUGUACAUAACAGUAGGAACAUUUUUUAAAUAAAAAAAUAAUCCUUUUACGCCCAGAUCUCUUUGUAGUACCAGUAGGUAACUACACAAUACCCGGACCAAGUAUCGUCAUCACUUGGUGAUGACGCCAACAGGGUGGUUAGCUCGCAACAGUGCCCCCCUGCUUUUGAAACGCUGGAGUUUCCCUUAGGGGACAUCAAUAAAUUACUGUUUGACUAACGCAAAAACUUUUUUUUUUUUUUCCAAUACCUGCUUAUUUUCCCGUAUCAGUGGAAAUCAUAAAUAAAAAACACUGUGGUAUGUUAGAUUCAUAUAGCACAUACAGGGAAAGAUUUGGAGUCACUGCGUCUUUUGACAUAGAAGCUACUGAAAUGAUUUCUUGAUUGGAUUAGAGAGUCUUUGCUGUCCCUGAGCAAUUUGGUUUGCAACAGUAGUCAUCACAACCAGAACACAUCAUCCUGAAAUAAUAUAAUAAAUGGUGACAUAACAUAUGUCAUACAGGAGGUCAUGAU